AUGUGGCAGAUGUGGGGCGCAUUCGCCCUCAUGCAGGAAGCUGGGGAUGUGCAGCCGGUCAUCAGGUGGGCCAAGGCCUGGCUGGAAGACAAUGGCAUGGACAGGCGGGCCAAAGAUGUGGCGCUCACAGCCGCCCUGGCCCACUGCGACCUAGCAGCGUACUGGCUGGAGGAGAAGGGCAAGGACAAGGUGAGGGAGUGCUCGGGGCUGCUCAAGGCCGCUCUGGACAUCCUGCAGCAGUACAGGGCCGCCCCCGAGCUGCAGGCCGACAUCGCCGCAGCCCAUGAGGCGCGCUCCUCGCCUGCUGAGCUGCAGGCGCAGGUUGCGCUGGAGCUGGUGGGCUUGGAGCAAUCGGCGGAGGAGAGAGCCGUCGGCCUUGAGGCGCUGCCAGGAGUGCUGUGGCAGGAGGGGCUGCCCGUGCAGCGCUUCCCGCGCCUCAAACUGGACCGCACCAGCUACCUGAAGCAGCUGCGCAGCCUCACCACCCCCGCAGAGCAGGUUGCUCUGUACGGCGGCGCCCCAAGCAUGGAGGCGAUUCCGAGUCAGGAGCGCUACACUGCGGCCGUCGCCUGCAUCGCCGAGGGCGUUGCCUCCCGGAAGCCCGCGCUGAUCAGCACCGCACUCCGCUACCUGACCAGCUACCAAGCCGCCGCCCCCGACCUCGGUGAGGAGGCUGCGGAUGUGCGAGUGGAUCUGGCGGUGUGCAAGCUGCUGCUGGGCCGCAGGCAAGAGGCCGAAGCUGAGCUCUGUCUUUCCGCCGACGCGCCGCAGCCGCCCGACCCAGCAGUGCAGGAGUUCAUCCUGGCCCAGGUGGUGGAGGAUGGGGACAUGCUGCCAGGAUUGGUGGCGCUGGCGCAGUCAUGGCUGGAUGACGUCGCCUUGAGCAGCUUCCGCAGGUCCUCCACCAAGGCCGCGGACCUGGACACCUGGUUUGCCAACCCCCAGGUCACCCUGUACCUCAAGUCGAGAGGUGUUGUGGAUGGUGUACUGGGCAAGCUGGGCGGCACGGGCAGCCUUGUGGGAAGGGGCGCGCGCAUGCUCCGGGGCGGCGCGGUGUCGGCCGCCAAAGCCUCAUGGAGGGCGGUGAAGGGCCUUGUGCCAGAGCGCGCAUCUCCCUCUGAAGAGCAGCCCUCCCCUGAGGAAAUCGAGCAUGGGAGUGCAGCUGAGCCAGAGGCGUCUGACAGUGGCUCAGAAGCGGCAGCCCUGCCGCCUCUGGAUCUAACCACUGAGAGGGCCGCUGUCAGCACUGCUACCUCUUCUUUCAGCGCAGCAGAGAAGGUGGCGUCACCUGCUGAGGACGAGGCAGCCAGCCGCCACAGCAGCAGCGGGAAGCUCAGGAGAGCCAUCGCAGCCUCGGCAGGCGCGGCAGCCGCCAUGCAGGCGCCGCCCCAGUCACUGCCGGAAGUGGAGCUGGAAACCGCCAAGCAAGAGCCAGUCGGCGCCCUGGUCAGGCGCUACGCAGGCAAGCACCCCAGAUCCAACACUCCCAGGCUCGCUUUGGAUACCAACUGGGAGCUGCCGGUGGCGGCGGCAGCAGCGCCGUUGAGGACGGGCGUGCCGGGGGCGGCCGGCCGCGUCGGGAGCCGGGAGGCGCGCGCGGACAGCGACGACGGAGUGGUGGAGGCGUGGGGCGCGGCCAGCAGCAUCCCCCCGCUGGAGCCGUCGGGGCCGGCGAUGCUGCCGCUGGACAUCGAGCGCGAGAUGUGGCAGUCCUUCGCCGCCGUGCGCCAGCGCCGCGCCAUCCGCCUCUUCAAGUUCACCCUCGGCCUGGCGGCCAUCGCGGUGGGGAUCAUUGGGUGGAGGAAGCCCGAGGCGCUGCGGCCGUCCAACAUCGCAGCUGCUGUGACGGCGCCCGGCCGAGCAGCCAUGGGGUGGGUGCAGGAAACGCUGGUCCCCCCGGGGCCACCGCUGGCUGUGGAGGACGCGCGCUCCCUCGUGCUGCGCUGGCAGGCCACCAAGGCCUCCGCCCUCGGUGGCGACCAUGACGUGGCAAGCCUGGACGGCAUCCUGGGCGAGCGCAUGCUGCAGGCCUGGAAGCUGCGCGCCGACGCCCUGCGCAAGGACCAGAGGCACUGGCGGUACGAUCUGCGCGAGGUGACGAUAGACCGGGUGGAGACUUCGCGCGACGGCAGGCGGGCGCUCGUGGAAGCCACUCUCACGGAGGGCGGCGAGCUGCUGGCGGCCGACGGCACACUCAUCGACUCCUACCGCGCCACCUUCACGCAGGAGUACGAGAUGCGCCUCUGCGGCGCCCGCGGCUGGCGCCUCGUCGCCAGCAAGCUCGUCUUCUAA